AUGGAUAUCAGGAACAGGCUGUUCACCCAGAGGCUGGCUGGACACAGAAACAGGUUCCCCAGGGAAGUGGUCAUAGCACCAAGCAUGACAGAGUCCAAGACGUGCCUUCCGAUCUGCCGCGAUGCCCAUCCCUGGCCGCCGGGGACGGACAACGACCCCCGCUCCGGGCUGCCGGCUUACGGCUGGGGCAGGGAUGGCUCAUCCGGACUACGUUUCCCAGCGGCUCCUCCCGGGGCCGCACAUGCUCGAUGCGGCUCCCGGCGCCUCCCGGCAGCUCCCGGCGCGGCGCCCGCUGCGGCGCAGGGGGGAUCGGUGCGGCUGCGGGUGGGACCGGCGGCGCCCGGCGCCCAUCCCCGGUACGGCCCCCGGCGGUUCCCCGUGCGGCUCCCCGGGGAGGCUCCCGACGGCUCUCCCGGUGCCGCCCCCGGCGGGGCAUCCUCCCGGUGCGCCCUCGGGAGCGCACGGCCGAGCCCCGGGCUGAUCCCGGCCCGGGGCCGAGCGUUCCCCCGCCGCCCCGGCAGGAUGCCCCGCGGGCGAGCCUGGACGCAGGCGGAGGUCAGCAGCCUCCUGUCGCUGGUGGGGGGCUCGGGGGAGGCCGCCCUGCUCAUGGCCUCCACGUCGCGACCCAACGAGGCGCUUUGGCGGGAGAUCUCCCGGGGGCUGGCGGCGGCCGGCUACGGGCGCAGCGUGGCCCAGUGCCGCUCCAAGUGGAAGGCGCUCAAGCAGGCUUUCCACUCGGAGCGGGAGACGCGCCGGAGGGCAGGACACCACUCUCCCCGGCUGCCCCCGCACUACCGGGCCAUGAAGAGUAUCUGGAAGGCGGCCGGGCGGCCCGUCUUUGGCGAGCGGAGGAUGCCAGACUUGGUGAAGCUGCCCUCCAGGAAGCGCAGGUCAGCCCUUGCCACUCGCUCCUCAUCCUCACCAGAGCCACCAGAGCACGAUGUUAGCAGGGACACCCCAGGCGCACUGCUGUCCCCGCUGCUGCAGUGUGCAAAGAAUGAGCCAGAGAGCUCCUGUGGGGAACACAUCGCUGGAGUGCCACUCACAACCCCCACCAUGCCACACACCAGUUGCUGCUUCCCUCUUGUCUCCCUCCUGGGCUGUCACACUGACCUGAAGCAGGAAGGAACAGAGGAAAAGGCUGCUGUCGUGGCACAUUUUCCUGGUGAGACGUCCCUGGGGAUGGGAAGAGGAAACCAAAUGCUGCCAGUGGCUGUCACAGCCUCAGGUUCCCAAGGGACAGCUGCCAUGAGCGAGCAGCCGGCAGCAGGUGAAGAUGCAUCAGAUGCAAGCCUUCAUGGGCCCGGUGUGGCAGGCUUGCUCCAGAACGUCCAGCAACUGCUGGUGCAGAUCCUGCAGACAUCACGGCAGCAGCAGGCACUACUGGAGAGCCUGGCCAGCGACACAGUCUCCCACCUCCAGCUCCUCUCCCACAGCCUCGUGCAGGUGGGCGAGACCCUGCACCAGCUCCUGCUCCGGCCACAGACCCACCCUGGCCCCCUGGGCCGCUACAUCCCCCAUGUGCCCCUUUUUGAGGGUGGCCCUGGAAUGCCCUGCUCCCCUGGCACUCCCCACACCUCCCCAGACUGCAAAGAGGAGCCUCAGCUGUCCCCUGCCACCAGUUGCACCUCGCCAUGAGUGCCACCGUUACCGGCCCCAGGAGCAACAGCUUUGCUACGCAGCCAUGGCACAAAUCUGUAUAGCAGAGGUUCCAGAUAUUUUGAAAGUUUAUAGAAGAGAGACAUUUUAAUAAAAUUAAAAAUAGCUUUUCUA